AUGUCUGCGUUCCGCGACUCGAGCCGGCGCCAAGACACGUACAAGGCGAAGGGUGCUUUCAAGCAGGAUGAGCUGCGCCGCCGCCGUGAGGAGGCCCAGGUUGAGAUCCGUCGCCAGAAGCGCGAGGAGAGCAUGGCGAAGCGCCGCAACUUGAACCUGCCGCAUAUUUCUGACGCGCCUGAUUCGGACGAAGACGAUGUCGCUGACGACCUUGAUGUGAAGAUCCUCGCUGACCUGCCCCUAAUGGUGCAGGGCGUGCAGAGCGAGAGUCUUGACCAGCAGCUGGAAGCCACGACUAAAUUCCGCAAGCUACUCUCGAAGGAGAAGAACCCCCCUAUUGAUCGUGUGAUUGCGUGCGGUGUGGUGCCACGCUUCGUCGAGUUUCUGCGCAGCCCCCACAGCAUGAUCCAGUUUGAGGCGGCGUGGGCCCUGACUAACAUUGCCUCUGGCACGUCAGAGCACACGCAGGUGGUGAUCAAUUGUGGUGCCGUCCCGAUUUUUAUCGAGCUGCUGGCGAGCCCGGUGCUGGAUGUUCGUGAGCAGGCCGUGUGGGCGCUCGGUAAUAUCGCGGGUGACUCGACCAAGUGCCGCGACUUUGUACUCCAGCAAGGGGGUAUGCAUGCGCUGCUGCAGCUGCUGAGUGAGGACCACAAGGUAAGCAUGCUGCGCAAUGCCACAUGGACGCUGAGCAACUUUUGCCGCGGCAAGAACCCACAGCCGGCGUGGGAGCUCGUGGCGCCGGCCCUGCCGACGCUCACCAAGCUGGUGUAUGCUAUGGACGAUGAGAUUCUGAUCGACGCGUGCUGGGCCCUCUCGUACCUGUCUGAUGGCGCCAAUGAGAAGAUCCAGGCUGUGAUCGAGUCGGGUGUGUGCCGCCGCCUGGUGGACCUGCUGAUGCACCCGUCGGCUGCUGUGCAGACGCCUGCGUUGCGCUCGGUGGGCAACAUCGUCACGGGCGAUGACAUGCAGACGCAGGUGAUUGUGGCGAGCGGUGCGCUUACGCCGUUGCUGGCGCUCCUCUCGUCGCCUAAGGAUGGCAUCAAGAAAGAGGCGUGCUGGACGAUCAGCAACAUCACAGCAGGCUCUCCGAGCCAGAUCCAGGCGGUGAUUGACGCCAACAUCAUUCCGCCGCUGGUGCAUAUUCUGAGCCACGCGGACUUUAAGACGAAGAAGGAGGCGUGCUGGGCGAUCAGCAAUGCUACGAGCGGUGGUCUGCAGCAACCGCAGCAGAUCCGCUACCUCGUGUCGCAGGGCUGCAUCAAGCCACUAUGUGACCUGCUCAAGUGUAUGGACAACAAGAUCAUCCAGGUGGCGCUCGACGGCCUAGAGAACAUCCUCAAGAUUGGCGAGCAGGACAAGGAGGCCAUGGGCCCCGGCGCCACGAACCAGUAUGCGCUUUACGUUGAGGAGUGUGGUGGUAUGGUCACCAUUCACGCACUGCAAAAUCACGACAACUUUGACAUCUACAAGAAGUGCUUUUAUAUUAUGGACAAGUACUUCCCCGACGACGAGGAAGAGCAGGAUACCGGCAUUGAGGCCCCCCAGGUCAGCGACUCGGGCGCAUUUGCGUUCCCGUCCACCGUUGCUGCGCCCCAGACCGGCUUCUCGUUCGGCCCUGCGCAAAACAUGUAG